GCGGUGCAGCAGGAGGUGGCACGGUCUCUCUUCUUCUUUUUUUUUUGGAGAGCAAGAGCGCAACACCUUUUUUUCUAAUUUAUUAUUCUGUGAGCAUAACAAAAAGGCAGCCUCACUGACACUCGGACUCGCGCUUCUUUGAGAGCUGAGACUGUGGACGCGCUACUACCGACCCUCGUGUGCGCAAAAUCCAGGGGGGGGGGAAUGAGCGUCUCUCAGCCGGAGCUUGACGCACCCUGGAGCCGCUGUCUCCGGAGCGCGCAGACCGCCCGAAGCCUCCCGGCUGCGGAGCGCACGGCGUGUUGAUCAAGGAGUUUGUUUGUUCACUACAUUUUGGAUGAGCUUGAGUGCCAUCGCUCCGCUGAAUGGACAGACUUAAAAGGCACAUAUAGUUCCACCCAUGACAUGUAGCUGGCACACAGUCUCCUCCACGAACGGUUUGAUAAACGGGAUUAUUCCUGAAGUCUCGCUGCCAGCGGUGUUUGGGUCCAACGGGUGUGGAUUUUUUUGUUUGGAGGAGGAGGAACAGCAGCGUAUAUAUCCUCCGAGGUGGAAACAUUAUAAAGUUUAAAGCUCGCCGCGAGUUUCAACGUCAGCCACGAUGGAUUUUGAGUCGCCGCUGAUUGGAUUUUUAAUGACAAUGUGUCACCUGGCGUUGGGAGUCAGAGGCGAAGAUGUGCCGGAGUGCGGCGGCGUCUUCGAUGCCAGUGAGGCCGGUUACAUCACCUCCCCCGGUUACCCACUGGAGUACCCGCCUCACCAGAUCUGCCACUGGAUCAUCACGGCGCCGGAACCGUCGCAGCGCAUCGUCCUCAACUUCAACCCGCACUUUGAGAUAGAGAGGCUGGACUGCAAGUACGACUUCAUCGAGAUCCGCGACGGGACUUCGGAAAAUGCCGACGUUCUGGGUCGGCACUGCAGCAACAUCGCCCCGGCGCCGAUCAUCUCGUCGGGGUCGUCCCUCCAGAUUCGGUUCGUCUCGGACUACGCCCACCAAGGGGCGGGCUUCUCUCUGCGCUACGAGAUCUUCAAAACGGGGUCGGAAUUCUGCUUCCGCAACUUCACCAGCUCCUCCGGCGUGAUCGAGUCGCCGGGCUUCCCGGAUAAGUACCCCCAUAAUCUGGAGUGCUCCUACAUGAUCAUCGCCCCGCCCCACAUGGACGUCACGCUCACGUUCCUGACCUUUGACCUCGAGAAUGACCCCUUGCUGGUGGGAGAGGGCGACUGCAAGUACGACUGGCUGGACGUGUGGGACGGCCUGCCGCAAGUGUCUCCUCUGAUUGGCCGGUACUGCGGGACAAAGAUCCCUCCGGAGAUCCAGUCGUCCUCCGGCCUGCUGUCCCUCUCCUUCCACACCGACAUGGCCGUGGCCAAAGACGGCUUCUCCGCCCGCUACAACAUGACCCACAAAGAAGUCAGCGACUCGUUCCACUGCAGCAUGGCGCUCGGCAUGGAGUCGGGGAAGAUCAGCGACGAUCAGAUCGCCGCCUCGACGACCUUCUACGACAACCGCUGGUUGCCGCGGCAGGCCCGCCUCAACAACGGCGACAACGCCUGGACGCCUUCAGAGGACAGCAACAAGGAGUACAUACAGGUUGACCUCCACUUCCUGAAGGUUUUGACGGGAAUCGCCACGCAGGGGGCCGUUUCCAAGGAGACGCUGAAGUCCUACUACGUCACGACCUUCAAGCUGGAGGUCAGCACCAACGGAGAGGACUGGAUGGUCUACCGGCACGGCAAGAACCACAAGGUUUUCCACGCCAACACAGACCCAGCCGAGGUGGUUCUGAACCGCAUCCCGCAGCCAGUCCUGGCCCGGUUUGUCCGCAUCCGACCGCAGACUUGGAGGAACGGCAUCGCCCUGCGCUUCGAGCUCUACGGAUGCCAGAUUACAGAUGCUCCGUGUUCAGACCUGCAGGGCCUGCUGUCCGGCCUGCUCCCCGACGCACAGAUCUCCGCCUCCUCCAGCAGGGACAUGGUGUGGAACCCCGGGACCGCCCGCCUGGUGGCCAGUCGCUCCGGCUGGUUCCCGGCCCCCGCACAGCCCCUGGCCGGAGAGGAGUGGCUUCAGGUGGACCUCGGCGUGCCGAAGACAGUGCGCGGCGUGAUCACCCAGGGAGCGAGGGGAGGAGACGCAGGAAGCGGGGCGAGCACAGACAACCGGGCGUUUGUCAGGAAGUACAAAGUGGCACACAGCCUGAAUGGGAAAGAGUGGAAUUUCAUCAUGGACAGCAAGACCAGCCUGCCGAAGAUAUUUGAGGGGAACACACACUACGACACCCCCGAGCUGCGGCAUUUUGAGGAGAUAGUGUCCCAGUUCAUCCGACUAUAUCCAGAGAGGUGGUCUCCAGCAGGAAUCGCGAUGAGAGUGGAGAUACUUGGCUGUGACCUUCCAGAAACCACCACGCCGGCCGACACCGCCACCCCAACCGUUCCCGCUGACAUCGACACCUCCACCGUCCCCUUCUCGACCACAGUAGACACGGCGUCAUCCGACAGCGUGUGCGACUUCGACCACGGCCUGUGUGGGUGGACGCACGACCCCAACUACCCGCUGCUCUGGUCCCUGCACAGCCACGAGCUCAACAGCUACCUGUACAUGGACGCCAGCUUGAAUACGGAGCAGCAGGUAGCCCGCUUCGUGAGCCCCGUGGUGGCGGCCGACACGGGGCCCGUCUGCCUCCUCUUCUCCUACCAGCUGUUCGGGGAGGCCCAGGGCCACCUGAGGGUGCUGCUGCAGGACGGCCACAACGAGGAGGCCGUGCUGUGGACGCUGAAAGGCGAUCAGGGCCCCGUCUGGAGGGAGGGGCGCACCAUCCUGCCCCGCUCCCCGAAGGACUUCCAGGUCAUGAUGGAGGGUUUCUUUGCGCACGGCACCAGAGGACACAUCUGGAUAGACAACAUCCACAUCAGCUUCAGCACCCUUCUGAAAGAGUGUACACAACCCUUUGCUGCUUUUUCUCCAGAAAACCCAGGGGGAGGCGUUCCUGUGCCUCCCUUGCCCAUCCACUGGUAUUACAUUAUGGCCGCGGGGGGCGCCCUCCUUCUCCUGGCGGUGGCCAUCUUGGUCAGGGCCCUCUGUUGCUGCCGGCAACACCUGGCCACCAAGAAGAGCCAGCUGUCGGUGGCCUAUCACAGCUCCUCGCAGUGCUUCCAGUAUUCUAACUGGUCCUCCAGUAUGGCCGCCCCAGGGGUGGAGCCAGUCCUGACAGUGCGGCUGGACAGCCGGGACCGACACCGUACCCUCUGCUGAAAAGAACCACUUAGCCGCGUUGUGUUUGGCGGAGCAGGACGCCAACUCGUGACGUCGGUGGCAGCGGUGCCACAACACUGACAGGACAUCCUCCCGGCCAACCCCUCCCUCAUUUAGUUUACAGUCGCAAGGGCGGUGAUGAGGACAGUGGGCCCCGAAACUGCCGCGUGGACAUUUGCAAAGAAACACUGUGCCCUCUCGCUCUCUCUCUCUCUCUCUCUCUCUCUCUCUCUCUCUCUCUCUCUCCCCCUCUCUCCAAUGGACGUAGCUUUGGUUGCUGUUCGUUUGCUGUUGACAUUUCGCACUAUGUUGCUCCCGAUGAGUAAGUUAUUUACCCGAACAGCUUUUUCUCGAACCAUCGGGUACCAACUGGCUCCUCAUAACCCCGGCGGUCCUCCUGGAAUGACCCCAGCAUGGACAACACACACAUACAUGUGUGGGCUGGGAAGAGAAGCUGCUUUCGGCCGCGAGGGCCAGCCAGAGCUGCCAAACCACAGGCUAAAACAAGACCCCAGAGACAUGAGGAGCUCUGCAGUGCUGCAAGAGAAAGAGAGGGGGGGGGGAGGGGGGGACUGUAAGGCUGAGAGGCAUUCAACAUGCUAGCUGCAGAGAUGAUCUGACGAGCCCCCAGAAAAUAAAGCUCCCCGGUAUCUCUGUAAUAACAACACGAGAUAGCUGUGAUACGAGUAGUGCCAAAAGUGAGGGGGUUGCAUCGGAGGAGGAAGAGAAGUCCGUCGUCCAUUGUGCUUUUUCAACAGAGCAUGUGCACAUUUAAAAACAAAGGAAUGCAUAUCCAUCAUACUUUAAGUCCUGCAUCACAAAUGGCGAUAACCAGCUCCCUUUGAUUGAACGUCUCGUCUUCUCCCGAUAAAGGCAUCAGUCAGUGAAGGAUGCAGCCGUCUUCAGUGCUUAGCGUUUCAUCUUGAUUCUCUGGCGUAAUAAAGCACGUUGUUCCCAUUCACGCUCCGUGCCACCCGGUCCCCGCCGUUCCCCGUGUCUCGGAGCUGCCCGGAUGAAACUUGUCGUGAUUUCAGUGGGAAGUGCGCUUGUUGUUUUUAGGGCUUGUAAAGAGAGCACAGCUGUCUGCCAUCACCGUCGCUGUCUUGAUUUACACUCCUACAAAUCCCCCCAUUGCCGCUGAACCAGCUGGAAGGCAUAACUGCCGUGUGUUUCUUUUGUGCGAUCCGAGACAUUAUGAAAACCAGAGAAGGGCUCCAGUUUUUAAUGGCACUUCCUCUAGUGCCACGAACGCCUAUUAACAAAAAGACGAGACAAAGCGAAUGCACUUCUUGCUCACGUUUAACAUACGUGGGCUCCGAGAGCCUGUUUUAUUGUGAAAUCUCUCAAAACUGUGACUUGAGCUAAGACAAAUUGGCAGCAGUCUCUCUCUCUCUCUCAUCAGCCGGUGCAGAGCCGGUGAGAUUGGACACGAACUCGGUUUAACACCCUAGAUUGAAUGAAAUUGAGGUCUUCGCUCUGUGGCUUAACGGGCCGCGCUUUCGUGAUCUGUCACACCAGCAAAAAAAUCCAUCAUCCGCUCGCCUUUCAGCUCAGCAGAAUGCGCCUCGAUUUGUUGCCACAAUUUAGUAGCCGCACUUCAGAGUGACGAAGAAGUGUUUUUUGGCACGCUCUCGCUCUGUGCUUUUAAAUCAAGAGGGAGAGAGAGAGAGGAGGGAUUGGACACCCGACUCGGUGCCAUCUCGACACCAUUACGCUCCAAGCCUCUAAUAGUUGUAAUUAGUUAAUGGACAGAUACCAUUUAUUAAGGCUACGGUAAGCACUUCCCCCCCCCCCUCCCUCCCAUCCGCCGCACCUCCGACCGCCCAAUCAGCUGCCAACUUCGGUUGCCCCCCGGAAACGGGAUUAAUAACGCCAUCGGCCGUCAGAGGCCUCCGGAGCGAGACGUGCGCCGUGCCAAGCAGCCACUCCCACUCCGGCGCGCUUGCCAAAAAGAAGCGAGCGCCAAACACACACACACACACACGCACGCACACGCAGACACACACGAAUGCACGCGCGCGCACAAAGCGGAAAGAAAACUUGUAUAAAGUAAAGUACACUUGAGCUUUUUGGCUCAACUAAAGUGCCGCAGUCAGGGCUGGUUCUACCACACUUCUAAUCCUCCCGUUCACACACCCGCAUACAUAUCAACGUUCAGUUCACGGCGCGUCGCACAGAACGGAAAGACAAGCACUACUUAAAUGUUGUUGCCGUUAGUUGUUGUUGUUGUUUUGUUUAUUUCUUUCGUCAUCUUACUCGCCACUCUUAAACUUGACGGUGACAGCGUCGAUGAUUUUAAUGGCGAUAACGAUGAGUGAUGUUAACUAUUUGAUGGUGUUUGCAUCUCUAUUCACACGGAAUGAACAGUCUUAUACCACCAGUAUGCUAUGUGAUGACUGUGUGUUUGACAGGAAUGUAUCAUAAUGAUCUUUCUCUAUUAAUAAAGUCAUAUUUUUCUAUUA